AUGCAGAUUCAAUAUCACCCCGGGAAAGCUAACAGUGUAGCCGACGCUUUAAGCAGGACGUCAGAUGGGAAUUUGGCAUGUUUAACCGUGAUGACAGCGGAGCCGACUAUUGUUGAUGAGGUAAAGAUAAGAAAGAUGGAGGAUAACUUCCUCAAGAAAAUAGCCGAGAGAUUGACACAAGGCCGAGACCAGGGUAUACCAUCGAGAACAGUGCUCAAUUUGAAGGAAGGUUAUGUGUGGCGCGACAUCCCAGAGUUAAAGAGGAAAAUUUUGCAGGAAGCUCACGGUUCUAAGUAUGCUGUCCAUCCAGGGAAACCAAAUGUAUCAAGAUGUGAAGCAGACCUUCUGGUGGCAAAUAUGAAGAGAGAAAUAGCCGAAUUCGUGUCCCAGUGUUUACAUUGCCAGCAAACAGAUCCUAAAUUGUUUCUAGAUUCUGGCAGAGUUUACAGAGGGCUUUGGAGCCGAGCUGAGAUUCAGUACAGCCUUUCAUCCCCAGACAGAUGGGCAGACAGAGAGAACCAUUCAGACGCUUGA